GACUUUAUCACCAUAGAAACCACAGGCGCCGUUUAGCGGGACUGAUCUCUAUGGAUACUGGACGCGUCUCCUUGGUAACGGAGGUUGUAGCUACAGGAAGAGCGCGUGGCCCGAACCCUCAGCAGACAGCAGCGGAGAGCGGCGGAUCCCGGCUCCGGCACACACGGAAUAUACCGGACAUAGUGCCGCCGUAUUACCGGAUAUCUUCCGUGCAGCCUCAUCAGACAUGUCAGACCUGGGCUCCGAUUUUGAGGAGGACGCUGUGCCCGACCUGGGGUUUUAUGAAGGGGAGAAGAAUGAGGCCGGGGAGAGACACGGACAAGGUAAAGCGCGGCUUCCGAAUGGCGACACGUAUGACGGGAUGUAUGAGAAUGGGCGGCGGCACGGUCAGGGGACGUACCGCUUCAAGAACGGCGCGCGCUACGUGGGAGAAUAUUACCAGAACCGCAAGCACGGCGGGGGCACCUUCAUGUACCCGGACGGAUCCCGAUACGAAGGUGACUGGGUAGAUGACCAGCGACAAGGCCAGGGCGUGUACACUUAUGCCAACGGGGACACCUACAGCGGGGACUGGUACGCCCAUCAGAGGCACGGGCAGGGGGUCUACACCUACGUGGACACCGGCUCCAGGUACAUGGGCACCUGGGUGAACGGGAAACAGGAGGGCGCCGGAGAGCUCGUCCAUCACAACCACCGCUACCAGGGGAAGUUCUCCAAUAACACGGUCCUGGGUCCGGGGAAGUACGUUUUUGACAUCGGCUGCGAACAACAUGGAUCGUACGUGCAGGCCGAGCAGGAGAAGGAUGAAGAGGAGGAGGAGGAGCCGCUGGCGGUGCCCGUGACCCGGUGGAUCCCAGAGAAGAUCAGCGGCUUGACCCUGUGGUCCCCGACAUCGGAGGUGCCGCCGCCCCCACCAGUGGUUGGAGACCCAGCAGAGGUGACGGGAUCUGACGCCGCUGCCCAGGACGCCGCUGCCCAGGACGCCGCUGCCCAGGACGCCGCUGCCCAGGACGCCGCUGCCCAGGACGCCGCUGCUCAUCACCAGAACGCAGAGACCACCGAGGCCCCGGCCCAGGAAGAGUCACCGAAUCACAUCACUGCCGAGGCCGAACCGCAAAUACCUGACAGCGCCAGAGGCGACGACACCGCGCGGGACGAAGACACCAAUUAACACAAUGAGAGACGGGAAGGAGACCGAGGAACAUCUGCAUCCUCCACCAUGGACCCCACCACCCAGAAGAUAUCGGACACCACCGCCCAGAGGAGCCCGAGCCAGACCCCAGCACCUAGAGGUACCUGGAGCCCAGCGCCCAGAGGAGUCCACGCUGGAGCCCACCACCAAGAGAAGCCCAAGGU